AUGGCAGCUGAGUUUGUGCUUACUUUUGCUGCCCAGGGAGUACUGACCAAGGUCGUUGCACUCGCCACUGAGCAACUCAGUGAUGCUUGGGGAUUCAAAGGAAAACUGGCCAAGCUGGGGGAUUCAUUAUCCCUCAUGCAAAACAUCUUACGUGAUGCUGCGGAGCAACCAACAGAUCGGGGCCACAGCGUCAAAGCUUGGGUGAAGAAACUUAAAGACAUAGCACAAGAUGCUGAUGAUGUGUUGGAUGAAUUCCAAUAUGAAGCUCUUCGUCGUAAACUGGAGCUGCAAAACCACAUGAAGAAAAAGGUACUCAACUUCUUUUCAAUCUCCAAUCCCAUUGCUUUUCGCCUUAAAAUUGGGCAAAAAAUUAAGAACAUCAACCAACUUUUGGUUGAUCUCAGGAGUGAGGCAUCUUUGAUUGGACUGGUUGCAAAACAAAAAGAGGCAACCACCCAAAUUAUGGGGAACAGAGAAACCGUCUCAAGUUUUGAUGAGGAUGAAAAGAUUUUCGGAAGGGAGGAGCUGUUGUCAGAUAUAGUUAAGACUUUGACCAACACCAGCAAUCAUGAAAAUCUUUCCGUUAUGCCCAUUGUGGGAAUGGCAGGCCUUGGAAAGACAACUUUGGCCAAAUCUGUAUACAACGAACCAGAAAUAGAUAAAUCAUUUGACAAAAAAAUAUGGGUCUGUGUAUCUAACGAUUUUGAUGUCAAUUCAAUUUUAAGAAGGAUCUUAGAAAUACUUAACCCCACAAAGGCCAGGAUAGAAAGUCGAGAGGCGUUGCUUAAAAACCUCAAAGAAGAGUUGGUAGGGAAGAGAUAUAUUCUUGUACUUGAUGACGUUUGGAAUGAAGAUCAUUCAAAAUGGAGUAAUCUGAUGAGUUGUUUGUCAAAACUUGGUUCUCACGGAAGCACUGUGAUUGUCACCACCCGUAGUGCCAACGUUGCAUCAAUUACGGAAACAAUUCCUAAUCUCAGGUGUAAUUUGGAUACUCUACAAGAAGAUGAAUGUUGGUCCAUAUUGAAGGAUAGAGCAUUUCCUAAUUACGGUAAUGCUCAUAUAACUCCACAUCAGGAGACAAUUGGAAGGCAAAUUGCAAAAAGGUGUGGUGGUGUACCAUUAGUGGCAAAGGUUUUGGGAAGCAUGUUACGUUCUAGAACUAUUAAUGAAUGGUUGUCAAUUCAAGAAAGUAAAAUAUGGGAAUUAUCCGAAGGCGAGGAUAGAAUCAUGUCAAUUUUGAAGUUGAGUUUUGAUAAUUUGAAAUCAGCAUCUUUAAAACAUUGUUUUGCAUAUUGCUCAAUAUUUAUGAAAGAUUUUGAAAUUGAAAGGGAGAACUUGGUCCAACUGUGGGUGGCCGAAGGAUUGCUGCACUCUUCAAGUAAUCCAAAUCUAGAGAUGGAAGAUAUAGGGAAUGCAUAUUUUAAUAUUCUAUUGCAAAACUCCUUUUUUCAAGAUGUUAUAAAGGAUGAAUAUGGAGUUGUUAUAACAUGCAAGAUGCAUGAUCUUGUGCAUGAUCUUGCAGAACUAGUGUCAAAAUAUGAUAGAGAAGACAAACCUGACAUUCAACAUAUGGCACAGACUCUUAUCAUACCACAAGGAUUUUCAAAAAGCAAUGUUGGGAAAUUGCGGUCCCUAUUUUCAAAUGGUGAAGGCCUUAGCAAUAGCUUGUCAAGUUUUAGUGCUUUACGUGUGUUGAAUUUAUACGAGGCUAAAAUUGUGGAGUUGCCAAGCUCAAUUGGCAGGUUGAAACACCUGAGGUAUUUGGAUGUUUCUGGAACAAGAAUCAAAGAACUUCCAAAAUCUAUUGCCAAGCUUUAUAAUCUGCAGACGUUAAGAAUGUUGGAUACAUGGAAUCUUGGAAGGUUUCCAAAGGAAAUGGAAAAUUUGAUCAACUUGAGGCAUGUUUAUUUCGACGAGGAUAAGGAAGUCCCAUUUGGGAUAAGACGAAUGACUCAUCUACAGACAUUACGUUACUUUACUUUGGAUAGGAAAAGGAAUCAUGAAAUUGGCGAGUUGGGUGGCUUAAACCAAUUAAAAGGUGAACUAACUAUCAGAUCUUUGGAACAAGUGAGGGACAAAGACAAAGCAGAGGAAUCAAAUUUAGGAGGGAAAGCAAAUAUACGAAUUUUGACAUUAGAGUGGGGGUCUUAUAGCCCCAAAAACAACAUGGAGAGUUAUGUACUGGAAGGCCUACAACCAAACCCUAAGCUAGAAAUCUUAGAGAUUGAAAACUUCAUGGGUGUUAAAUUAGCAUCAUGGAUGAUGAGUGGUUUGUUGCUACUUGAUUUGAAAGAGAUCCGAUUAUCCAACUGCAAGGAAUGUGAAGAAGUCCCAUCACUCGGCCAUUUACCACAUCUUAGGCAUGUUGAAUUCCGAGGUAUGGAUAAGCUUAAAUGUGUGGAAGUUGAGUUUUAUGGUUAUAACCAUGUUUACGGUGGUGCAGCGGGUACGAGUACGAAAAGGAUUGAGAUGAGGGCGGCUUUGUUUCCAUCAUUGAAAACGUUAAGUUUUUAUGAUUGCCCAGCUCUAAUUGAAUGGAAGGAAGUCGAUGUGAUUACACCAACAGAUGAGAAAGCAGUUGUGUUUCCCUGCCUUGAGGAGUUGACUCUUUGGAAAUGCAGGGAUUUGAGAAAUGCUCCAAAUCGUUUUCCAUCUCUCCAGAAGUUGUUCAUACAUAAUAGUGACCACGUGAUGCCAAUAGAAAAUAUAUGCAGUCAACUGACCACUCUCACUCACCUUAAAAUUGGUAAAGCCAAAGAGCUUAGUUGUCUGCCAGUAGGGAUGCUGGAAAAGAACCAGAAUCUUCGGUCACUGCUUACUGGCGAUUGUGAAAAGCUUAGCCAUUUACCUGAUGGGCUUCACACACUCUGUCUUCUUGACAUAUUGGAAAUAGCUGAUUGCCCUAAGCUAACAUGCAUUUCAAUUCACAGUCUCACCUCCCUUCGAGGAUUGCAUAUUGAAAAUUGUGGUGGGUCAGCGAAUCUACAGAUGGUUGAUGAGGAGUUCUCUUUAGAUGAUUUGACAAGUUAUGAAUGCAAUGGGUUGAAAAGUAUACUGAUCAGUGGGCUACAGUCUUGUACCUCUCUACAUUGGGUACGUAUCAUAAAUUGUCAAAAUUUGAGGCAUUUACCGGUGGAUGGGCUACAAACCCUCGUCUUUCUUGAGGAGCUGUACAUAGAGGAUUGCACUAAUCUAGAAGCUAUUCCCAGUUUAGACCACCUCACAUCCCUCCAAGAGUUGUCUAUUCGUGGUUGUGAUGGACUCACAAGUCUACCAAGGGGGAUUCAAUCCUGCACAUCUCUUAAAAAAUUGACAAGCAGUAAAUGCCACAAUUUGAUCUCUCUGGCAGAUGUCGAUGUGUCCAGGUUGCAGUCUCUUUCCAAUUUAGAAAUAUUUGAUUGUCGGAAAUUAAAAUAUUUGCCAACCGGGCUACGCUCUCUGAGUUUGGAAAGGAUGAAAAUCGGUAUGUUUUGCGAGGAGCUCGAUUCUUUCCCUGAUUUUGAGCUUCCAUCACAAAUCCGAUGGUUAAAGAUCUCAGGGUGGCCUAAGCUCAAAUCUCUGCCUCAACAGAUUCAACACUUGACUACUUGUCUACAACAUUUGUCUGUAAGGUCUUUCGACAGCAUAGAGGCUUUUCCAGAGUGGUUGGGUAACCUUACAUCUCUUAUCACCCUCCGUACUAAGGAGUGUAAGAAUCUGAUGUAUCUGCCUACCGUUGAAGUUAUGGAACGCCUCACCAAAUUAAGAGAACUAGACAUUGAUGGAUGUCCUCGUCUAGCGGAAAGAUGCGCCAAGGAGAGCGGCCCAGAAUGGCACAAGAUUUGGCACAUCCCAGAUAUUAUAGGGCAAAUGGGUGGAGUUGCUCUUAGGCCACUUCCAACAGCCCCCGAGGGCUCGGGUUGGGGGGGCAAGAGCCCAAAUGCAAGUUUCAGCAACAAAGGCUGGCCCUGGCAGGGUGGGGUCCACGAGCCUAGGCUGGUCCGAAGGCAGGAGGAGCCCGAGCUACAGCCCGAAGGCGCGCUAACGUCAGCAGACACUAUUCCCGUAAAUAGCGUCAGCCCUAGCCCCCCCCUUUGCCAUGACAAGAUUCCCACUGCUAGAAGUGCCCUUAGGGGCAAGCUUUUGGACUUUGGGAGAAAAUGA